AAAUGAAAUACCGUUCCCCCCUUACGCAUCCGGUGUUGUAAUUGUAAAUUCGUUGUCAUUCCCUUGGCUUCGUCACAAGACGGACAACACCAUCCCUCCCACGUUUGUAGCCAGCCAGGAGGGUGUUUCUUCACUUCAGUAUUGGAAUUGCUGGAUCUCAAUUCCAGACACAAACCAAGCACAAGCAGCAGCAAAAGAAGAACAAGAAACAAAGAAAACAAAAGAAGGAAAGAGAGAUNCUAUUAUAUCUCCAUGGCGAUGGCGAGAGCAAGCUCUGGGCUACAAUACCCAGAGCGCUUCUACGCCGCGGCCUCCUACGUCGGAUUGGACGGAUCCAACUCUCCCACCAAAGCUCUCACCGCCAAGUUCGCCAAAUCCACCGCCCUCCUUCUCUACACUCUCUACCAACAGGCUACUAUAGGACCUUGUAAUAUCCCGGAACCGAGUUCGUGGAAGAUUGUGGAGCAUAGCAAAUGGGCAAGCACAAUUCCAAAGUUGGACCAGUAGUUGAGAAUGGGAACUCUUAUCCGGAGACAAAGACUAUUCCAACUGAUAAUGGGAGUCAAGUUGGAACCCAGGAUAAAGAUGUUGUUGUUGAAGGCUUUAGUUCAGUUGAAGUCUAUGAUCAAUGGAUUGCACCUCCAGUAUCUGGCCAACGUCCAAGGGCCAGAUAUGAGCAUGGGGCAGCAGUUGUGCAAGACAAAUUGUAUAUAUAUGGUGGAAAUCACAAUGGUCGUUACCUUAACGAUCUUCAUGUUCUAGAUUUGAGAAGUUGGACUUGGUCUAGGGUUGAGGCUAAGGCAGAAGUUGAGUCUACAAACUCGUCAUCCUCACCAAUGUUAACCCCUUGUGCUGGUCAUUCACUGAUUCCAUGGGAUUCUAAGCUUCUGUCAAUUGGUGGGCAUACAAAAGAUCCUUCUGAAAGUAUCCAAGUGAAAGUGUUUGAUCUGCAAACGGCAACUUGGUCAACUCUAAAGACUUAUGGGAAACCCCCGGUAUCACGUGGAGGCCAAUCAGUUACUUCAGUUGGAAAAACCUUGGUGAUAUUUGGUGGACAAGAUGCUAAGAGAACUCUCUUGAAUGAUCUGCAUAUUCUUGACUUGGAAACCUUGACAUGGGAUGAAAUUGAAGCUGCUGGUUUGCCUCCUUCUCCGAGGUCUGAUCAUGCUGCUGCUGUACAUGCUGAGCGAUACUUGCUUAUCUUUGGUGGGGGCUCACAUGCAACUUGCUAUAAUGAUUUGCAUGUUCUUGAUUUGCAGACUAUGGAAUGGUCUAGACCAACUCAACUGGGUGAAAAACCAACACCACGUGCGGGACAUGCUGGUGCUACAGUUGGCGAGAAUUGGUUCAUUGUUGGUGGGGGUGACAAUAAGAGUGGGGUCUCAGAGACUGUUGUGUUGAAUAUGUCUACGCUGACUUGGUCAGUGGUAACUUCUGUUCAAGAGCGUAUUCCUGUUGCUAGUGAGGGCUUGAGUUUGGUUGUCAGUUCAUAUGAUGGUGAAGAUGUACUUGUAUCAUUUGGAGGAUACAGUGGCCGUUACCACAAUGAGGUCUAUGUCCUUAAACCAAGCCACAAAUCAACUUUGCAGUCAAAAUUAGUUGAAAAUUCUAUACCAGAUAGUGUUUCUGCAGUGCACAAUGCUACAAAUGCUACCCGAGAUGUGGAGUCCGAAAUUGAAGCAGGCAAUGAAGGGAAAAUUAAGGAACUUGUCAUUGACAAUGGUGAUUUUACAAAACCGAAAGGGGAUCUUCUAACAGUCCUGAAGGCUGAGAAAGAUGAAUUGGAAACAACACUCAGCAAUGAGAAGUUACAUACCCUUAAACUACAGCAGGAGUUGGCAGAUGCCGAAGCUCGCAAUUCUGACCUUUCCAAGGAGCUCCAAUCAGUACGCGGUCAGCUUGCUUCUGAGCAGUCAAGGUGUUUCAAAUUAGAGGUUGAGGUAGCUGAAUUAGGACAGAAGCUCCAAACAAUUGGUACAUUACAGAAAGAACUUGAACUCCUCCAGCGGCAAAAAGCAGUAUCGGAGCAGGCCGCCUUGAGCGCAAAGCAGAGGCAGGGCUCAGGUGGCAUGUGGGGCUGGCUUGCUGGUACCCCCCAAAGCCCGAACGCAGACGAUGACUGAAAGCGCAAAUCUACCCCAUUAGCUUAACUGGGUUUUGUUUCAGUUGCCAAUUAAUUUUAUUUCCAAUACAAUUUUUGGUUUGUUCACAUUUAGCUCAUUUUUUUUGGUGAUGGAAAUAAGAUUUUAGCUGCUGUUUUGCCAAAAGGAAAACCCCCUUGGGGUUCUUGCAGUAAUACAUAUAUUAAUAUAUACAUGCAAUGUAAUUUAGUUGUGUAGCUCUUCAUAUAUGACUUUUAGUCCAGGACAGUGCAUGUUGUCAAUUAUUAUUAUUGUUGUUCGUAUUGUUCCAGUCAUUAACUCAUUAUUAUCAUUUGUAUUCAAGAUGCAUACAUGAUUCAAUGAAAGCAUAUAUAUUCUUUGUU